AUGCCACCAUUUGUGCCGUCGUUUCCUGAAAUCAUUGAUGGAAUACCCCCGGCUGGAUUAAUCUCGGAUGCUGAUGGAGAUCCAGUAGGAAAAGAGGCAAUUUUAUCAAUGAAUUUGCUUAAUACGGACAUAGGACCAUCAAGUGUACUCGGUGCUCAGCCCCCGGCACCAGAUCUGGAAAAGGACUCUGUUGAUACGACAGAUGACGAUAGCGAGGAUGAUUCCGACCCAGUUGAUAGGGAGGAAGAAAAGUUGAAGCUCAAAUUAAUGAAAGAGUUUAAUGAGGCACAGAAGCACUUCACUCGGAAGGAUGGUAUCAUAUAUGUCGAAGAUUCCAACUGGGUGAAGACUAGCCACUAUGCUACGAACUGCCACCUCUUUGUUGGCUUGCCUAUCGCAAAAAAGUCCGAUCUGGAAGGAAGGGAAGCAGCCCUAAAAGUGUUGGCAGACUCUUCAAACAAAUCCUCGCCAGACACUGCGGCCAAUAUCUCCGCGUUUAAAUCGGAAGCCGCUGAGUAUAAUACAAGCGCUACGAGGCAGCUACCGUGCAGGGUCCGGGUCGUAAACGAGCUGCUGUCCCAGGAAAUGGGAAGAAUUACUGGGCUCGGGUAUAUGAAUCAUGACUGCGUGGCACCGUUUCGCACUUUUGUUGUAUUUGAACAGGAAAUUCGACAUGCUCUCGCCCGACAAGAGGCAGAGUUUAAGGAAAUGAGUCAAAAGUUCCCCACGCACCCUUCUGUACUACGCAAGGACUCAUAUCUGCCGGCGGAAUACGGCUACUAUAUUGUGAAAUUGCAGAAGAGAGACUCUUUCCACUCGGUGGAAUUGGCUAGGUUUCUGCUCGAUGGAUUACGAGCUUUGGUGCAAUUUCUUGACACUGACCUGCGAGACCUCGUCACAACUGUACAGAGCCUUAAGAUGGUCAGACCUGAGAACAAUACCCUGAAGCUUCCCUUCUCGUAUCUCUGGUUCUUGUUCUAUCCUGGUCAGGAGGUUGUGAGUCUGCACCCUAAGCCCCAAGUGUACCGCGUGCUCCAGAUCACGGGAGGGAGGAAAUCUCUGGUCUCAAGGAAGUCUUCCAAGAGAAGCUCCAGACGCACGGUUUCGAACUUAGCUAUUGACUGCUUCUGUCUCGAUUUUGACGGAAAAGAGUUUGGAGCCAAGCCUAAAACCUUCAACAUUCGGCCAUAUGAUGAUGUCUUGGCUAUAACGGAUCUUCCUCUGUUUCCGCUGGUAUUCGCUGAAGAAGGACUGCCAGAAAAGUUGGUAGAGAGAGGAAAAACAUUUGAAAGCUUGGCGCAACCUAGCCAUCGCAAAUAUAAGGGACUCAAUCUCAAGGAAGGAGAUAGAUUUGAUGUUUUUGAAGAGAUUAAUAGCGAUGUCAUGGUAGAUUUUCGGCUCGCAUUUCAGAACAGCGAGACUAAGAUACCGUUGCCGCAAUUUGGUGGUGGUAUUAUCUUAGAACCCACUGCAGAAGACGAGGAAGAAACUCAUAUAGUCGGGAUAAACUUCGAUGACGCGGAGCUGCUGAGGUCAAGAUGGGCCAGGUUCGCUCAUAGCACGGACCUGCUCCGCAACCAGCUACCUGGCACAUUGUCGAGAGACAGCUACAUACUUCUUCCUGGCAGGGUUUAUGGAUAUGUGCUUCUAAACCGCAAAUGGUACCCACUGGAUAUCGAUCUUAUAGAAAAAGUUGUUCAAGUCAAUCCAGGCGAGAACGACAGCUUCCAGAAGCUCGUGUUGCCCGACGGCCAUAAAGACAUUGUUCGGGCUCUAGUGAACACGCAUGCCCGUCAUGUUGCCGCAAACAGUACACAGCGUGAGUUUGACGUCGUCAAAGGCAAGGGUAAGGGUCUCAUCAUCCUCCUCCACGGAGCACCCGGCGUAGGAAAGACGUCAACGGCCGAGUGCGUGGCCGCCAACGCUGGGCGUCCCCUUUUACCUAUCACGUGCGGUGAUCUAGGAGGUAUCUCGGCCCGCGAGGUGGAGCAGAAUCUUGAGACCUUUUUUGACCUUGCGAGGCAUUGGGGUUGCGUGCUUCUCUUGGAUGAAGCAGACGUAUUUCUUGGUAUGCGAGAGAAGGGAGAUAUCCGACAGAUCAGUCUUGUGUCUGUCUUUCUUAGAGUUCUCGAGUAUUAUUCGGGUAUUCUCAUCCUCACAACCAACCGUGUCGGCUCUUUCGACGAAGCUAUCAAGUCUCGCGUUCACUGUGCCCUGUACUAUGCUCCGCUUGAUGAGAAGCAAAGUCUCAAGAUUUGGAAGAUGAACAUCGAUAUGAUAGAUGAGCGUAAUAAAGCGACGUCUGACCCGUCAAAACGUAUUCGAUUUAAUCGCAGGGAGAUUGAAGAUUACGCUGAGAAGCACUGGGAGUCCAGUGACGAGGGAUCACGCUGGAAUGGUCGGCAGAUUAAGAACGCCUUCCAAACUGCAAUUGCGCUCGCUGAUUGGGACUAUUAUCGGCUCACGAACGGCGAUCCGCACUCUCUUGGCCCAAUGCUUAUGCCAACUCACUUCAAGACCGUUGCUAAGGCUAGCGCUCAUUUUGAUCAGUAUCUAAUGAAGGUUCGUGGCACGGAUGAGGCCAGGGCACAGACGAACGAACUUCGACGGGAUGAUAUCCGCAAUGGGCUUGAUAAAGAUUCAACUAAGAGCAGGCGAAAGAACAACUCUUCGAAGGUGACGACCAAGCUUAAGCAGAAAAAGAAACAGAAUCAAUCUCCACAAUCUUCUGACGAAAGUAGUGAAAACUCAAGGGCUGAGGAAGAAGCAUCAUCAAGCAGUGGCGAGGGCGAGAGCGAAUCAGAGGAGGAAGCCCCGCCUCCGCCCAAGUCGAAGAAAUCUAGCAAGAGGAAGAACCGUAAAUAA